AGUGCCAAGAUGCCUAUGGUGUUGCAGUGUUGCCUGGUGAAAACCCCACCAAGCAGCAAUGUGAAUCACAGUUAGAUAUCCUAAGCCUUUCUGAAGUUCCGAAUUCAAAUAAAUCUCAUAUGUACUUGGAUGCCCAAUCAAACCACCAAAAUCACAUCGAUCUUAAAAUGGAAAAUGUGGAUCUCUUUACGCCACACAUUUUGGAUAUGGAUAUUGAGAAGGGAAAGUUGGAGAUACCUAAAUCCAAUGAUGAAACUAUUGGGAAUUUGAAGACUGAGGAUCCAUUAACUCAUUGGCAGAGGACAUUACAGAGACAGCUUAGCUUACAGAUAAAAGGGAAAUUCAUGCACCUGUUAAUGACUGACAAUCUUGUGUUGCCCAAGUUCAUUUCUAGAGAUAAAUCUGGAACUGAGAGAGUUCAUGAUAUGCCAAAUAACAGGUCGAGGAAAUAUAAACGUUCUGCCUCGUUCAAUUCAAGAAAAGUUGUUCUCCUCUUCUCAGUCUUGUCGAGUAUGGGGACGAUAAUAUUGAUAUAUUUGACACUGAGAGCAAGGCAGAUGGGUGAUGGAUAUGCUCAUGUCUGAUAAUGUCUAACCUUUUCCAGUUGCCAAUCUUUUGUGAAAGAGUGUCUCUAGGGUUCUUCGGGUUUUCUUCGAUUUCCUUUUUUCAGGUUUUAAAUGCAUUUUGGGUAUUUUUCUUCUUCUCAUGUACAUAAAGUUGAAUUCACUCACCCUUUCUAGUUCAUGCUCCCCGUUAUAUAAACUAAUCGUUUCAUGAUACAACUUGAUUCUCGUUACACAAAGCACAAGUUUCACACUGCUUUUAUCACUCAUUCUGAU